GAAUUUUACACUGCCAUGUUAUGAACACUGGUGUUGCACAUGCACUUGGCAAUUCCAAAGCUUUUUGAGGUUACUUGAAAAAAAAAGAAAACCACAGUUUUGCUUUUCUCAAGAGAAUCAGGUUUCGGAUAAGAACAAAAGCAGUUUGGUUUUAUAAAUUACACAAGGCUCAGGUGCUAGUGUAGGAGUGAAAGAGAGGAUACCGGUUUCAGUGUAAAGCCAAGUAAAGCAAGUUCUAUCCCUGCUGCAGAUCAGGUAACAAGCAACUGCUAGCAUUCAUCUGCUGAUCUCUUUUCUAAUCAUAAGACUGAAUGCUCUCAACUUCUUUCCAAUACAAGUUCUCUUAUAUUUUUAUCAGAAAAAAUAGCACUGCUGAGGAUAAUGAAAGAGCCCAAACCUCAUCUGAUACCUUAGCUAUAAUAUAGCUUUUUCUCUGUCAGGAUAAAUUCUGAUUGUCCUAAUCUGAUAUACUUUAUUCUCCAGCCUACCCUUUUUUUCUCUCGUAGCCUAACUCAGUGAUCUGUCUGCUCACAUCCUUUUUCUGCAAAUCUUUGAUGUUGAACAUGGUAGAAACAAAGCUCUUCAAAUCUGUUCUCCCUUUCUGUAAAUUUUGUGUUGCACUCCUUGUUCCUUCUAUAGUUUUGACUAGUUUCAUUGGUUUGGGGUUCUGUUCUAUCCUUUUUACAAUUACAAUCUUGGUUUCAUCGACAAUUUUCUUGGUCACACUCACAAAUAAGAAGAGAAGGGUGGUGGUUUUGGAACAGAACCCAGUUUCCAAAGACCUAUCUGUGGGUGAAGCUGAAGAGAAAGUGUUGCAGCCAGUGAUAGAAACUGUUCUUCCAGAAUCUAAUGCUGCUGCCCAAGAAGCUGGUAUUGGCAUUGUGCAUGAUGAUUUUCAAGUCAAAUCACUAGGAUCGACAUCAGACAGUGAAAGCAGUGAUGAUUCAGGGUCAAGUUCAAAUCUUGAUCUAAACUGGACAAUCCCAGGCAAUAAUGCAGAACAAAAUCCUGAAAUCUCAGAUGAUUCAGUCUCAGCAGAUGAAGAAGAAGAAGAAGAAGGCCUCAUUGAAAUUGCCAUUCCAGGCAAUGCUGAAUCAGAACCAAACGUGGUACCACCACCACCACCAAAUCUGCAGUCCAACCUGCCACCUAUCUUGCCAGAAUCCAUUUUCAAGCAGCAGCAAGACCUUGUUGAUUUCUUGGCAGAAAUCAAUGAGGUAAACGAGGAAGAAAAUCUAAUUGAAAUUGACAUUUCCAUUGGCUCCAUCAAAUGCCCAAGGUUUGAAAUUGAAGCUAUUGGAUUGCGUAUGGGUGAAGAAGAAACAAAGGCUGAAGCCCUUGAGCCAGUGGCUAAUGGGACUUCUCGGCCGGAGAAAUCUGGUGAAGCUGUAGCUGAGAAAACAGAGGAAGAAAAUAAUGGGGUAAAGGAAAUGGAAGAAGAUAAGAAAGUUGAGACUGAGAAGAUGGAUGAAGACCAACAAGUCAAGGAAGAUGAGGAAAGCAAAGAAGAAUUGGAAAAAGAAGAAAAGGAGGAACCUGAAACUGAAGCAAUGGAAGAAGAAAUUGAUCCAAAAGAAAAUGACAAGAAAGAUGAAAAGGAGGAAAACAAAGAUGAGGUGGAGGAGAAAGAUGGGUUGAAAGAAGAAGAGGAAGAAGAACAGAAGGCUAAAGAGAGCAAGGAGAAAAAAGGUUCAAAGAAGCGUGGGAAAAAUCAAAAUGCUGGGGAGAAAGUGAAAGGGAAGACAAAAAAGAUGGAGAAGAAGGAGCCAGAGCAAAGAACUCCUCUUACAGAUCGCCCUGUGCGUGAGCGUAAAUCUGUUGAAAGGCUGGUUGCGUCUAUUGACAAAGAUGCUUCUAAGGAAUUCCAAAUUGAAAAGGGCCGUGGUACUCCACUCAAAGACAUUCCUAAUGUGGCCUUCAAAUUGUCUAGAAGGAAGACUGAUGACACUUUCAGACUACUUCAUACCAUUCUCUUUGGAAGGAGAGGGAAGGCGGUUCAGAUUAAGAGUAAUAUAUCCCGAUUUUCUGGUUUUGUGUGGCAUGAAAAUGAGGAAAAACAAAAAACUAAAGUAAAAGAUAAGUUUGACAAGUGUAAUAAAGAGAAGUUGCUGGAGUUUUGUGAUGUGCUUGACAUACCAAUAAUGAAGGCUACCACAAGGAAGGAAGAUAUCGUUGCAAAGCUGAUAGACUUUUUGGUGGCCCCUCAAGCUACAACUACUGUUCUACUUUCUGAAAAAGAAAAGUCAAGUAAGAGUAAAAAGCGCAAAAGGGUUAUCAAGCCUGGGACCACAUCAAAGCGAUCAACCAGGAGUCGAAAAAAGAGUGAGGAUACUCCAAAAUCAGGGAAAAAGAGUGCACCUGAUUCAGAGGAUGAGUCUGAAGAAGAAGAAAAGGAAGAGGAAGAGAAUGAAGAAGAGGAAAAUGAAAAUGGCAUAACAGAAAAAUCUGAGGAUGAGAUGCCUGAAGAUUCUGAAAGUGAGGAGAAAAAUGAAACUGAAGAUGAAUCUGAAGAAGAAGUGGGGAAGAAGAAAAAGAGUACAAAGGUAUCAUCCAGCAAGAAGGAAUCUGCUGGAAAAGCUAAACCCAAGAAAGUCACAGUUCCUAAAAGGUCUAGUACACCACAGAAAAGAACUCCAAAAACAUCAUCUAAAAGCUCAAAGGUUGAUGAUGAUAUUGAUAAAAGUCCAAAGGUGUCUUCAAGGAAGAAAACUGAGAAGGUCACUAAGGAAAAGUCCUCUACGCCAACAAAAUCUGCCUCCAAGGAGAAAACCAGCAAAAAGGUCGCAAAGGGGAAGGACAAAGCUAAAGAGGAGAAAUUGAAGCCAAGUGAUCAUGAGUUGAGGGAUGCAAUUUGUGAGAUUCUUAAGGAAGUGGACUUCAAUACGGCGACAUUCACUGACAUUCUGAAGCUACUAGCUCGACAAUUUGAUACAGACCUCACCCCGAGGAAGUCAUCUAUAAAGCUCAUGAUUCAGGAAGAGCUUACCAAACUAGCUGAUGAAGCCGAUGAUGAAGAUGGAGAAGGUGAUGCUGAGAAAGAUGAAAACCAAUCCGCUGGUCAAGAGGUUGAAGCCUGACCUACAAGAUGGAAAAUAACUCUCAUGGAAAUAGUGUAGUUAUUUAUGUCUUGUGCCAAUAUGUACUUUUUAGCUGUUACUUAGAAGGCUAGCUUGUAAUUUACUGUUAGUUGCUUUUUUAACUUUUUCGGCGAGCAAAUUAGCAUUUAUCAAAUACCAGAGGAGCUCGAGCUACCCAACUGUGCUGCAGGGUUGCAGCUUGCUAUGUACACCAUUAACAUGAUCUGUAGGAAUUUUCCUAUCUGAAAACUGAGUAUUUUGAAUUAUAGAACACAGUUCUUUUUGUCCA